UCUAGGUUUAGAUUUAAAAAAAAGGAUACUUGUUAAAAUGUCUUGGAAAUAAAAAUAACUCAUCAAGUUAGAGAUUCCACGGGUAUACAGUAAUUGAAUUUAGGUAAAUGAGUUCGGCAAGCCAAAACCUGAACACAAAUUCUCUAGAGGAUUCGUGUGUCAGUUUGAAAUCCAUCUUGUGUUUGGGAUAGAAAUAUGUUUGUUCGAGACGAGAAUAAAGCUGCAAACAAAACGCCUGGUUACUUUCAGAUUAUUUUAUUAUUAUUAUUAUUAUUAUCAGGUAGAAUGUUGUCUAAAGUGUUUCAUACAAAUUGCUAAACCAUUUUUUUCUUUCAAUUAAAUGAUUUCUAAUUUUAAGUUAUAAUGACAAGAGUUCCAAAUGCUGCAUGAUGUACAUGUGUAUGUAUCUUCAAUUUUGACAACGGAUUACUCCGAUUUCCUGGUUACGAUAUUAGAGAGAGCGAAGUGUGUGUAACCGGUCGACAAGGGAUGUUUUCUCCUCUUAAGGACCUGAUUCCACCUCUACGUGUACAGGGGCCCGUGUUUCCCCUUUCUCGAUUUUGAUUUUUGUAUAUCUGUGUUUCCUUCUUUUCUUUCUUUUUCUUCCUUUUGCGUUCCUUUUAAGACUUGUGAGAUCGAUCACUAUUCGUUAUAAUAACCUUUUCACUAAUCUCAACUUUGUCCUCAAGCAUCUUAGUGCGUGAUAGUAACCUUGCACUCAUAAGAACCUCAAUUACGUCAGGCUUAUAAAUAUUUCAUUAGAAAUUGGAAGGACUGUGUUUGCAUUAAUGUUUAUCUGAGGACAUUGUUAGUAAAUUUACACACAGAGAGAGAGAGAGAGAGAGAGAGAAUGAUAAGGGGAGUUCAUGCGCAAUCAAAAAAACAUGCAUCAAAUGGAAUAUAUAAACGAAACUAUUUUAUUGCGCCUUUCAAGAUUUGUGGUCUCUUUGGGAAUCACUUAAUUAUUUAGGGUCGUUUUGCAUGUACCUUCAUGUUAUCAUUGAACACACACGCAGAGAGAUAGAUGGAAGAGAGAGAGAGAGAGAGCAAUUACUGUGUAAAACAAAAUUCAAGGAUGAUGAGAGAAGAGAACGCUGCUACCAUAUGAUAUUGGUGUUUUGUUUUGAUUUUGUAAUGAGGUUAUAAAUAAUUUAUGUAAAAUAUGGGGGGUUCUUAUCUGAAUCGAUUUUAAGUCGGUUAUUCAUAGUGAUCAAAAACGCAAAACGACCAUUUUCGUGUAAAAAAAAAAAAAAAAUGCCGACAAAUAGGAAAAUCAAAUUGAAUUUCAUUAUAUGAAAUACGUUUUCAUGUUCAUAAGCAAUUUGUCAUCUCCAUGAUAGAUAGUUUAAACAAUGAAAUAAUUGAACUCUAAAUUUCUGUUAAAAUUUAAAGAAGUUAAACGCACAGUACAUGGGCUUAAUAAAGGAUGCAUUGUUUUCUGAUGCCGGUCUGUGUGAAUUUAGUGCAAUUCAGUGGCGGACCCCCACCCCCCACCCCCACACCCCCCACAAUGUGAACCUCACUGUAUGGAAUACAUAUAUAUGUCCAAGAAACCCUUUGCGGGGCUUAAAACAGCCGUCUGAGACACUCGGCAGUUUAACACACACACCCCUCGUUCAGAAAUUCUAGAUAUUCCACUGCAAGUCAUUUCACCCUUUCGAAACAAGUAGAAUGAAAUAGUAUUCCUUGGGAACAAUGUGUGUCCAAUAACCUGGUUUGAAAAGGUUCGAAACUAAUUCCUCCAUAGUUUCGGUGUUCUAAUGCUAACAAAUUCAACGCAAUGUAUAUCACGUGUAUAAACUUUUCACAAAUAACUUGUUUGAAAUAAAACUACCUAUAUUUGCUACGACAGUAUUACCCAUAGUUUGAAAUGCAUAGAUAAACUGUAAAUUUCACUAAUUUUAUAACCUCUUGUAUGCAAUGUGUAAUUUGAUUUUGUGUCAAUUAAAGAUUACAUUAGAAUCUUCGUAAUGUACUGACGAUCGAUUUUAACCUACCAUGCAGUUUCCUCUCUGUUCAAAUGAAUCCCCUAAUAUCGAUUAAUCGUAAAUGUAUAUCCUUCCUCUCACAAACAUUAACAAGCAUUGCAUAUAUGAAUUUAAUGCGUAAACACCAUUUUCUUUCCAUAACCAGAUUCGCAAACUAAUUUGCUUGUAAUGGAAAUGGAUGUCAGUCGUGUCCUUAUUGCCAUUCAUUAUACAAGUCACUCCGAGAAAUAUUGAUAGGCGCUCUCGUGUGUGUACACAAACUUUUGUCAGGUAGAGUCAUUAUCGAUAUCACCGAAACGAAUGCAGAGGUUUAUCUUUGUUUGAUAAAAUGUUCAAUUUUAAAACUGAGGAGUUAAUGUGUGGGCUAAUAUUCAGGGGAUCCCGAAUAAGGUGACAAUAGAAAGGCAGGGAGUAUAAUAUGAGAAGGCGUAUUCAACAGGUGCGACAGUGUCUCUGUGGUUUCACAGUUGCUGUGGCAAUCGUCCUCGUCAUCAAUCCGUACCUUGUAAUCAAUUUGGAUAAACUCCGGGUUAUGCAAGAAAAACAAUUGAUACCUUACCGUGUCCAUCACUCCACAACACACUCCACGACAACGCUGAAGACGGAGUCCAUGGUUUGUUCGAACUGCCAACCCCAUGGUCCUAGGCGCCUGGUCACUGACGUGGACUGCCAGCGAAUAAUAGAGGGGGAUGAAAAGUACAUUGACUGGGCCAAAAAAAGUAUAGAAAACAAGAAAUUUAGUUUUGAAAGUGAUGCAGAUAUAGGUGAUAUAGCUGAAAAAUGUGAUGUGUUCUUAAGCAAAUAUGACUAUGGAAACUUUUAUGUAACUAAAGAGGAGAUGGAUUUUCCUAUUGCAUUCAGCAUACUGACGUACAAGGAUGCCAUGCAAACGGAAAAACUCCUUCGAUCUAUAUAUAGGCCUCAUAAUGUGUACUGCAUCCACGUGGACAAAAAUGCAAAACCUUCUUUGCAUCGAGCAAUUCGCAAUAUUGCAAACUGUCUUCACAAUGUGUUCAUAGCCUCUCAGUUGGAGGAUGUUAUAUAUGCCGGUUUUUCUCGCCUACAAGCCGACUUAAAUUGUAUUUCUGAUUUACUUAACUUUCACUCCGUUCCAUGGAAGUAUUUCAUUAACAUACCUCACCAGCAAUACCCGCUAAAGACAAACUCCGAGAUAGUGAAGAUCUUAAAGAUAUACAAUGGUGCUAAUGACGUCGAAGGCAUAACAGAUCCUGCAAGGAUGUUCAGAAUACGAUAUCUGAAGUCUUUCAAAUUACAAGACAAUAAAAUAGUAAAUACUGGUAAAAGUAAACACCCGCCACCUUAUAACAUUACUGUUGUGAAAGGAAGUGCGUACGGAAUAUUCAGCAGAGCAUUUGUAAACUUUUCGCUCCACGAUGAAAUGGCAAAAGACCUUUUAGACUGGUGUCGGGAUGUAAAAAGUCCAGACGAAUAUUUUUGGGCCACGUUAAAUUUUAAUAAGCGUUUAAACGCUCCAGGUGGAUACUCAGAUAAUCCCGACAAGAAACCUUGGUUGGCAGUGUAUGCAGCGUGGGGUGGAGUGAAUCCUUGUCACGGGAGGUUUGUAAGGGGCGUGUGCGUGUUUGGCCUCGGGGACCUUACUGAACUUGUAUCCAAAAAAGAGCUCUUUGCCAACAAGUUUUACUACGACUAUCAGCCACAUACUCUACAGUGUUUAGAAGAAUGGCAUCUAAACAAAACUUUCAGCAAUUUACCUUUCCAGACUCAUUAUUACAGAGAGCUGCCUUUUAUUAAGAAAGUAAGAUGAUGAUUAAUUUUGUAAGAUGGUGUUGAGGAGUUAAUCGGGUGGGUUACCGGAUAAUGCUUCGUACUCAGUACAUUACUGACCUCCGAGUAGUGUCUGACAGUCGGAAAUAAACAAUGCGUAACUAAGCAGUGUUCAAAGACAUUUUGUUAUAUGCAAUAUUUCGUUUUGUAUUCUACCUUUAUUGAUAGUCGAUAUUUGCUCUGAAUGAGAAGCGCUGACAAUUGUUCCCAAGCAUUUUCCAUGAUUUUGAAUUUGUUUUGCUUUUAAAGCAUUGUAAUGUAUGUAUAUAGUGUAAAUAUUUUGUAAUUUCUUCUCAACUACCACACUUUAUUUCGAUAUCAUCACGAUGAGUGUAUACACAGACAUAGCUAACUUCACUGUUACCUAGAAACAACUGCUUAUGCAAGUUAUUCACAGCAAAUAUCGACAUUAACCAAAUUUUUGAAGUCAGAAUUUUGACUUCGGUGCUAUUUAAAGCUUGUUAUUGUUAUAUGAUUUACAGAUGUAGUUAUGAGUAGAUGUUGAUGAAGAGACAUUAAAAGUUUUUCAUGCA